AUGUUGUACAAGAUCCAUCGCCCAAACCCCAUUUUCACCCGCACAGAACCAGAGGAGUACACGCGAACUUGCAACUCAGCAAAACAGCACCACCAGCCAAAAGAAGAAAAAGAAAAAAAACGGCUGCAUGUAUUGAGCUACAUUCAAGCAGACAAUGAUAUAAUUAUAGCCAAGUGGCUGAAUGGCUCUUCUGCUUGCGUACAUGCAUACAUGGAAGGGUGCAACAGAUAUUUUUUCUGGUCAGGCCAUUUAGCUCAGGGUCCCCAGUCCCUUAUUCCAACUCUAGUGUUACACCCACCAUACUCGGAGACCUAA